GAUAAGUGAAAAUUGAACUUCUUAUAAUUUCAGAAAUGUGAUCAAUAUCUGUAGAGUACAAUAUUGACAAGGAUUAAGUCCGAUUUGUAAAUAAUAAAGUUAAUAACGACAAAUUGGAGUAUUAAAGACAGAGAUGGCACCUAGCAUUGGACUUAACCUCCGCGUGACCGGGCAUUGUAACCAGGGAGGACGGAAGUAUAUGGAGGAUGUGUUCUCCGUGGCAUAUCAACAAACAGAGGACGAACUAGACCUGGAAUACGCCUUCUUCGGUAUAUAUGACGGACAUGGAGGGAAGGAGGCAGCUUUAUUUGCCAAGGAACAUUUGAUGGACAACAUAACCAAGCAUCCCAGUUUUUGGUCAGAGAAUGACGAUCUGGUUUUGAAAUCUAUUAGGGAGGGGUUCUUGAAGACCCAGCAGGAUAUGUGGGGGGACCUGGAGAACUGGACUAAGACUGGUUCAGGACUACCCAGCACGGCAGGGACUACUGCCAGUAUUGCUUUCAUCAGAAGGGGGAAGAUAUUCGUAGGCCAUGUUGGCGACAGUGGAAUAGUACUAGGAGAACAGGACCCUGACCAUCCUGAUGUAUGGAACGCUGUGCCUUUAACCCGGGACCAUAAACCUGAAUGUGAGAUAGAGCUAGCUAGGAUUGAAGCUGCUGGAGGGAAGGUUGUUAACAAGUCAGGAGUUCCUCGAGUUGUAUGGAACCGUCCUAAAAUUGGUCAUACCGGCCCUGUUCGCCGUAGCACACCUAUCGAUGAAGUUCCUUUCCUGGCAGUGGCGCGCGCACUUGGAGAUCUCUGGUCCUACAACAGUAAGAAGGAUGUGUUUGUCGUUUCUCCUGAACCAGAUCUUCAUGUUUACUCUAUAGAUAUUAGCAAACACAGAUGUUUGGUGCUGGGUACAGAUGGAGCUUGGAAUGUUUUGUCCCCACAGGCUGCUGUCAAUGCUGUCAAGGUUGCGGAGAAGAAUAACGAGAAGCAUAUGCUGGACCCUGAGGCAGGGCACGCCUGGCAGAACCCCAGUAAACGUCUAGUCGAUCAGGCUGUGGAUAGGUGGAAAAUGUAUAAGCUGCGAGCAGACAAUACCAGUGUAGUGGUUGUUAUGCUGGAUCCUCCAGGGCCUCCUAGAGCACAAGUUCUACGACGUCAGAAGGAACUUCAACGUGGAGGAUCAAAUACUGCCAAGAAACCUUGUAACAACACUAAUGCGCCUCCUCUACCUCCUAAACCCUGCAAACAAUCUAAAGGCCUCAGCAUUAUAUCCAGAUUCCCCAACUCGAAGAAACCUGAGGAGGCAGCGGGGAAAAACCUGGUUGAUUCUCUCGGAGAGCAGUCUCCGAAAACCUCGUCCCGUAUUGUUCACGACUCCACGAAGUCGGAACCUGAGAAGGUUCAGGUUAAAACUUUCAAUAGUUUGAGUGCCGUGAUACUACCUGGUUCCUCUACCUCCAGUCAACAGCAACCGACCUCCAACACUAAACCUGCUGCUAAACCUCCAACCAAUGAUAAAACACUUCAGGUGAAUGAGAUCUCAAGCUCCGAUACAGAGCAUAGUCCUGUAGUUCAACCUAAACCUGGAGCUAGAAAAUCUAUCAGUAGAGAACUAGCCAACCUUGCCAUAAAUAGUCCUGCCGCAAAUAUUAGAUCUAAGAAACGAGAGUCUAGUGGACGACCGGUUUUGAAACCUAGUCGACGUAAACGAUCUAUUGAAGGGUUGGGACGGGAUGAUUCUGAUACGGAGAAUAUCUCCGACAAUAUGGUUCCUGCCGCUAAACUAGCAGAGGUGGAGAAAAAGUGUCAAGAUCUAACCAAUAAAUUAAAGGCCAUGGAGCAGAAGGUUAGUCAACAGACUGAUCACCUCACCCAAGAGGUGCGUGCUCUCCGGUCCAACCUGGAGAAGGGAGAGAAGUCUAAGAAUCCUGAAACUCCUCGGAUUCUCCGAAACCGGAACGGGAACACGGAAACCCCGGUGAGUGGAACCAAGAGAAAGAGAGGAGAGACAGAGAACCAGAUUCCUAUGAAGCGGGAAAGAACCGUCACCUGGGCAGGGCGAACCAAACUCCAGCCGAAGGAUGUGGGUAAAUCUGUAUUGAAACCCGCACGGAAAUCAAUAACAGGAAUCGAAACCACUCCGCUAUCAAAAUUAAGCCGAGCAAAGAUUGGAUUAAGACGGAAAUGAUGAUCCGAGUGCCUUGUGGCACCUGAAAUUAUAAUUGUACUCUUAUAUUCUUAUACCUCACUAGCGGCUAUAUCGUGACCUGAGAAGCAUUUUAGAGAAAAUUUAUUAAACUUUUUGUUGAAUUUGAAUUGUUUAAAAUAAUGCUUAAAUUGAAGCAGAUGUAAACAAUCAUAAAGUACACUACACACACACUAGUAGUUCUGUAAAUAGAAACUCUGAAAUUUGUACAUAAAUUAAAUAUAUGCAUCCUACAAUGUAAAUUUGAAGUAGUAAUUAUGAACUAAACAUUUAAACUCGUG